GGGGGAGGAGGUAGAGCAGUAUAGCAAGUGACACUGGCAGGGCUGACUACAUCCAGUCCACAAAAAGGUGCUUGUUGUCUUCUAGAGAUGUGCAUUGAUGCACAUUUUCAUUUGCUUCUGAUGUCAUGUAAUUCACUCAGGUGUGACCUCUUAAAUACACUGCUAUGGAUCCUAUUUGUUUUCUAAUGAUCAAGGAUAUCAUUUUCUUUACCUUACCAUUCACCAGGAAGAUGCAGAACAAAGUACCUUUGUUCCAUCUAUAGUUGGGGUGUUGGCGCCCCCUGCCAGCCCACCUUCCAGGGACAAAGAGCUGCAUUUUGCUUAUAUGGAGCCUGAUUUGGUUCAGCAGGACAGCAAAAUUUUGAUGAACAAGUGGAGAUCAAUAAGUGAGAAUCAGAUAUUAAAGUCUCAAAUUUCAGAAAGAUUUAAGAUUCAAGUUAUCGAGAAGUCAAAAAGUGAUUCGGCUUCACACCGGAAGAGAGCGGACCCUCCUGUACAAGUUAUCCCGGGCACAGAAGAGUCUGAGCAGGGAAAUGCUGAUCAGUUGUGUUUAAGUAAUGAAGACACAAAGAUUGAGAAAGACAUAUUAAGAACAACAAAGGAACAUAAUGAGAGGAAAAUGAUAAGCACUGAAAACACAGAAGAUGACUUCAGAGGGUCCGAAGUAAAUGACCUGGGUUCUCUUAAAGAUCUCACUGUAUCCAUACUGGAAGCCACGGGUAGUCUAAUAGGAAGAUGGUCCUCAAUUAAAGCUGAACUUGGAAAUUCGCAGAAUAAUGUAAUAAGCAUAAACAAAGAAAAUGUGCAGAGCAUGAAAAAUUACAAAGAGUAUGUAAAUGAAGCAAAGACUUCAGAUGAGAUGGCAAUGGCACACUUGAAGCAGACAGAUACUGUGGAUAAUGACGAUGAAAUCCAGGAUAAUGGAGAUUGCAUCAGAAAUGAUAAUGUGAUAGUCUAUCAAGCACUGAGCGAAAUAAAGACAGACAGUAAACUUAUCAGAGCAAUAAUUACUGAAGAAGAAUAUAAUAAAAACAUUCAAGCACAUGCACUGCCUGGAACAGAAGGGACACAAAUCAAAGAAAAGAAAACAAAUACAGGGCAUUCUACUGAUGAUUUACUUAUUGUUCAAAAUGAGAUAUUAAUAAAUAAAACUGAAGAACUUGACCCACAAAAGCACAUACAGACAGCAAUACCUGACUUUCCACAAGAUGGUAAUCAGCAGGAAGAUAUGCAAACCAGGAAUGAGGAUCAGGUAUUACAAAAACAAAUGAUCUCACUAAAACACAUGGAGGAAACUAUUAUACAUUUUUCCUCGGUAGAGGAAUUAAGACAUAGCAAAAAUCAUGAACAUCACACAGAAGAUACAACUGAAGAACUGAAGGCCUCAUAUAACAUACAGAAGAUAUUUCCUCAACAUAAUUUGAGUGAUAUUAGUAAGAACUCCUUAGUUCCUGAGAGAAAUGAAGGUAUGGGCCUAGAUGGAUGGAUUGAGGAAAAGAUGGAUGAACAAGUAGUGGCCGGAGGAAUACAGCAAGCAGAGGAACAAAGCAGCACAGAAAAACAAGAAAGCGCAGAGAUGAAAGAUUUGUCAGAUUUAUACAGUUUAAGAAAACAUAUAAAAAAUGAAGUAACAAAAAAGAAAUCAGAGAAUACAGAAGAGAAAGUAGAGGAGAAAAGUAGCUGUUCACAUGAACAAAUUGUUGGCAGAGAACACGUAGACAAGAAAGGGAAACGGCUGGGCCUGGACAACUUCAAGUUGGCUUCAAAGGAACUGGCAGGCAACGAUGAUGAUUUGACCAUGAAUACAGAGCUACCAAUUAAUAAUAAAUCUAUUGAGAAACGACAAACUAUGCAGACAGAAAGCAAAGCUGAAAUGUAUUUGAUGAACAGUAACAUUAAUGUAAACAUGGAGCAAAAACAGGAGAAUUAUAGCCAAGAGGGAAAAAAGGACACAGAGACUAGGCCAGAACAACCAGCACAAGACUGUGAUAUAGAGAGAGGAGCAACAACUAAAGAUGCCUUAGUUAAACAGGCAGAAAGUCGAUGGCUGCAGUUUAAGGAGGAGGCCCGUCAAACCCUGGCUGAAACUGAACAGAGUGAUGAAAUCUUGAAUGACAUGGCACAAGUGCCAGCAAAUGGGGUGCUAGUGAGAAAUGAGGCACAACUGCUUUGUCCUGUGCAUACAUAUCAGCCACUACAUAUGCUGGAGAGAGCAGACAGACUGCAAGAUAUUCUAAAGCCUUAUACAGUGGACAGCAGUGUCCAUCAUAUGUGCUCUCUUCCCCUUGGACAAGCAGCACUGCAGAGGGAGAAAGUGUUCAUCCGCCUGUCAUUGAGGGAGCAGCAGGAAGCCCUGCAGCGGCUCCAGGAUUUGCAAAGAGAGGCAGAAUUAAAGUGCACCAGUGACAGGAGAAGACAGAUGUUAAGAUUUCAAGAGAGACUUUCGAUAGCUCGAAACAGAAAAUCUGAGGUGGAUCUUAUGGAUAUUACUCAGAGGAGAUCUCCCCAAAUGACUCCAGAGCCAUUGCCAGAGGGAGAUACAGAACGACAAAAGUCUGCAGUGCGAGAGAGAGUGGAGAUGAUGAAACGAGAGCGCACAUACAUCAUGCAAACUAGGAGGGACAGGAAUAUGAGCAGCUUCAGAGAACUACUGGACCCUGUGCUGGCAAAGAAUAAGAGGGAAGAUAGUGGAUCGGAAUUGAGAGGUGCAGAAGGGAUGUGAUAAAAUAUCCCACUUGACCAGGGCCCUGCAAAAACGACUGUCGUUUCUUAAAAAGCAAACCCUUUUUUUUUUCCUGCUCGUUAGAGCUUACAAUCUAUA